AAAGAAACGCCAGUCGCCUGUACUGAAAUAUUUCGGAACAAAACGUCAGGCUAUAGUUGUCCUCACGAACUCUUUAUACUGUUGCACAGGAAGUGAGCUGCCGGCGGCGCUUCCGCAAAAGAUAACAUCAUGGAUAUAAGACCAAAUCACACCAUUUAUAUCAACAAUGUGAAUGACAAAAUUAAAAAAGAAGAACUCAAGCGCUCUCUGUAUGCACUGUUCUCUCAGUUUGGCCAAGUAAUUGAAAUUGUGGCAUUGAAGACAAUGAAGAUGAGAGGCCAAGCUUUUGUUGUUUUUAAAGAGCUUAGUUCAGCUACAAAUGCUUUACGGCAGCUCCAGGGAUUUCCCUUUUACAGUAAGCCAAUGCGCAUUCAGUAUGCUAAAACAGAUUCCGAUAUUAUUUCUAAAGUGAAGGGUACAUUUGCUGAUAAAGAUAAGAAGAAGGAAAAGAAAAAGAAAGCUCAGGAGCUGGCAGCUGCAAAUGCAUUGAAGAAACCCCAACAGGGAAGCUCAAAUCAACCUGUUUCUGCUACUCAAAGUUUAUCGACGCCUGACAAUCCUCCUAAUAAUAUCCUGUUCCUUAAUAAUCUACCUGAAGAAACUAAUGAAAUGAUGCUGUCUAUGCUUUUUAACCAGUUUCCUGGUUUUAAGGAAGUUCGUUUGGUACCUGGACGCCAUGACAUAGCAUUUGUAGAGUUUAAAAAUGAAGAAAUGGCAGGAACUGCAAAGGAUGCUUUACAGGGCUUCAAAAUAACUUCAUCAAAUGCAAUGAAGAUCACGUAUGCCAAAAAAUAGUGUUAUAGCUAUUUGGUUUGGAAAUACUGUAGGGAGUUUCAUUUUUUAAAAUGUCAUAUAAAGCCAUGUACAUCUGAUUUCAAUCUUUGAGGUAUUGAGGUAUUUAAAGUUUUUGUUCUUGUUACAGUUUUCUAAUGUUUUAAUGAACUUUUCAUUUACUUGAGUUUAGAAAUUGACAUCCUGUGCUUAAAAAAAUGAAAUUUGUAGCAAUUUGGUUUGUAACAUUCACAAACUAUUUAGAUCUUCUAUUCAAGUGAUAGGCUGAUACUUUUCCUCCUAAAUGGGAUUUAACAACUACAGUCCUGUGUGUUUAGAGGAUUUUGUUUUUGAUAGUUAUCAUCUUUAUAUGUUCUUUAUAAAAAGAGAUUUUGUUAA